AUGAGAAGUCAGGAGCAGAACCACAAAGGCACCUCACCUUUCGAGGACUUGCCUAUUGAUAUAAUAGCCACCUUUCCAAUUGACUAUAUGCACCUUGUGUGUCUUGGUGUCAUGCGGCAGCUCCUGCAUAUGUGGCGGCUGGCUAUGGGGAAACAGUCCGUCACAAUUAAUGCCUCCAUAAAACAGUGCAGUCAAUGUUUGCCUGCUGAAUUUUCACGCAAGUGCAGACCUCUUGAUUGUCUGGAAUUCUGGAAGGCCGCGGAAUACCGCCAGUUCCUCUUGUACAUAGGUCCCGUAGUCUUUGCUUCCCAUCUUGAUUCCUUCCGUUAUGAACAUUUUCUUCUUUUGUUUGUUGCCUUUUUCACAAAGCGGGAGAAAGUACCUCGCCAAAUAGCUUAAUAUCAGUGAGUCUCGCAGGCAUUUUUGGCGAAAUAAUGCAGAAAAUAGUAAAAUUGGAGCUGAUGAGACAUAUUGAGGAGAACAGCUUGCUUAGUGAGCAUCAAUAUGGAUUUAGAGUAAUCGAUCCUGUCUGAUUAACCUGCUCAUAUCCGUGCAAAUCUGGACGAAAUCCUUAGGGAUGGGUUUUUUUCAGUAGAUGCAGUUUACAUUGACCUCAGCAUAGCCUUCGACAGGGUGCCACAUAGACGGCUCAUAUCUAAACUACGCCAUAUGUGUGUCACUGGCAACCUCCUCAAGUAGUUUACAGACAUUAUCACAGGCCGACGUCGGCGGGUGUGAAUUGGUGUCGCCAAAUCGGAGUGGAAAUCGUUCACAGCCAAGUCCCGCAGGGGAGUCUUCUUGGUCCCAUUUUUUUCUUCAUAUAUGUGGACGGUUGUCUAGAUUGCCUGACCUGUGGGAAGGUAAUGUUCGCUGAUGAUCUGAAGUUAUGGAAUUCGACUGAAAAACCAAAGGAAGUGUUAAACUUGCAAAACAAAUUACAUCAACUGUAACAGUAGUGUUAUGACAGAUGCCAAUUCAUCAAACGAAGGUCUAGUUACAGAAAGGAUUUGGGGUCUAAAUUAAGUAUUUCCGCGGAGGUCACGAACUCGAACUUGCAAAUAAGGUAAAGGACCUUGGUGUGUGGAUGAAGUCCACUCUCAAACUCUCGUCUCUUUGCGCCAAGAUAGCAAAUAAGGCUAUGUGUAUCCUGGGGCGAUGUGAAGACCCUUGCCUAAUUGUAACAGAAAGCCUCUCGGUCGACUAGGUGGAACAUUUGCCCGGCGAAUUUUGGAAUAUGGUAAUCAGGCAUGGAGUCCCCGGAUGGGGCAAGACUACAUUCUGUUGGAGAAGGUGCAACGAAGGGCGACUAAAUUAGUACGUGUGCUGAAGCGCCUACUUAAUGAGUAACUACGAGAAUGGCUCAGACUUUUCCUUCCUCUUGUAGGGACUGCAGAGGAGACAUGAUCAUGGUCUUAAAACUUAUCACACGAGUAGACUGCGCACUUAAAUUUGCCCAUUUUUUGAGCUAGCACAAACAACAUAUCUUCGAGACCACAGACAUAAACUAAAGACAACAUGAGUUUUGAAGCUGGCCCCUGCGAUCGCCGCAGGGUUUUGGGUCAGGGCAGAUGGUGUCGGUGGAUGGUGGCGGAGGGGCAGUGGAAGUGUGAUCGGCAGUUACGCGAGAGUCGCGGUCGGUGCGGGGUUUGCGGAAGGGGCAAGAAUGGGAGAAGAAGUAGACUCUGUCAUGCUGUUGGCGCAUUGGGUCCGAAGCUGUCCAAUGAGACAGAUUCGAGCGCGCAAUGUGCGUUGGCAGUGCGGACGUGCUGGCUGUCUGUGAAGUGGCGAGGCAGUUGUGAUUUUCGAGACCCCGGUUUGGCUUUGGUGGCGGCGAUCCGCUUUGUUUCGAAGAUGGCAGAACCAGUCUUUCUUCUCUUCUCCAGGCCGGUCUGCUCGGGGUGAGGUCCUCUCAUGCUUAUGGAUUGAUAUGCAAUUGCCAAAGAGAAUUCUUCAAUAUGUCCUAGUAGCGUCAUUUUGUUCGUCCCCGUCAAUGAGCGCAGGUGGCGACAUCACUAUUGAUGAGUUGCUUCAGUUGACGCAUAUCCUCCAUCCCCAGGAGAUGACCACUCCAACGUAGUUGUAGUUGCCUCAGAAUGGCGUGGGUGCUCAGGAGUCUGGUCCAUUCUAGAACUUCCGUGUCGGAGAAUUUGUCUUGUCAUCGCAACUUUAAUAUUCUGCGAAGGCAACUGAGAUGGAAUUGAUUGAGCUUCUUGGCAUGGCCGGAAAACACGGUCCAUCUCUCCGAUUCGCAGAGAAAUGUCGUCAGGACGAAUGCAGUUUGGUAUUUAGAUGGAGGCUUUGGUGAUUCCACAAGGUCUUCUACAGCAGGCCGAAGGUUUAUCUGGCGUUGGAGGUCCAGUUGACCACUUUGUCGUAGAUCCCGUUGCAGCGCGACAUUAUUCCGCCUAGGUAGUACAGUUUCGAGCAAAUAAUACUCAAAGACUUGACUAAGACAUGGAGCCCGUUUCGGUGACUUUUAAUGUAUCCAUCUUUCUUUAACAUAAAUUCCGCAGCAGCAAUUUCUUCCGGAAAUGCUGGACCUUUAUUUUUAUCGCACACUGAUAAGAGUACACAACUAUCACUGCGAUGCUCAGUAAGAUGUAAGUGAUGGAAGAUAAACGGUCAUUUAAAACGGCGAUCUCAGUACACAUAUAACAGUUUUUAACACUCCUCUUGAACUACAAAUGGUGCGGUCACGUCUAAGGUAACGGUUGACGAAUCGCGGCAUUAUCCGUUCGUUAUGUCCUCUGAUGACGGUCUUUUCUCACUACUCUGUUUACCCUUUGCACCCCUUACCCACCAACCAAUGCCCUUCAUGUUCCCCUGAUUGCUUUGUUCGAGCGCAAGGUCGUUGAUAUUUUCUCAUUAUCAGCGCUAAAAGAUUCACGAAACUAUAGAAAUCUGUUCCAUUAAGGGCUUAAUAAAUUUGCUCAACUGAAGGUCCGACUGCAAUCGUCUUGUUUGAAUAGGUGCUCGUCUUUUUGAUAAUGGACGGUAAGGUACUGGGGGAUCUUAAGGUGGCCGAGCUGCGGGGAGAGCUCGAGAAGAGGGACUUGGAUAAGAGCGGAGUUAAACAAGUGCUUAUUGAACGAUUAAAAGAGGUAAUCUGGCCGUUUAUUGUACAUCUUUAGGCUCUCAUAUCUGAGGGAAAAGAUCCAUCAGCUUACACGUUCAGUGGAGUGGAGGCAGCCUUGCCGCCAGCCGAAGUGCCACUGGUUGGUCACGUUUUUUUUAAAUGAUCAUUGGGUGUUGUAGGUGGAUGCCGAAAAAUCUGGCGUUCACGGUAAGUCGUGGCUCUUAUAUUUCUCCGCAUUGUUGGGACUUUUCCUUUUCCGGGGCCUACUCUGAUAGCAUUUAGUCGCCCAGGGCUAGACAUUUUAUAGCGCGUUUGACUUGGGGGCUAGUGCAGGGCUCAAAACCUGACAGACUGAGAGUGCUCGACCUGCGCGAAGAAAGAAGCUUUUCUGCUACACCCCCUCGUUGAUGCUCACCCGAGUGCAUUUUUCACGUCACGCCUGGGGGUCCCUUUGUGCAUACGCACGCAUGCAGGGUACACGCACGCACUUUGUCCGGAAUUUCGGCCCCUGUGGCGACCUAAGUCGCCUUGGGCUACAACGCCCUCAGCUGGCCGGAGAAGACGCGUCAACCUACUGUCCCCGUGUGGGCAGUGUCCGCUAGGAUUGCUGAAAAAUCCAGUCAAUCGCAACACUAGCCCGCGACCGGGCUAGCCCUGGGCGAGUAGAAUGCUAUCAGAGUAUCGUAGUUCCCAUAAAAUUCCAGUCUUGCAGGAUUCUGUUCACUGCCUGUAUGGAUUUGCAGUCCAACUUCUAGCGGAGAUUUUAUGGCCAGAUAAAGCCGGUCAUUUUCCCAGGGAAAGGUUGGACAGGUUUUAAACUUCCAAUCAUAGCUUCUAGUUUUGUGCAGACUAUAACAACUCCACUAAGUUUAAGUCAGUAACUUAGUGUUUUUUUCUUUUGGCGGGGGCUCUUAUGACCUAAGUAGGCCACAGCAUGGGCGCUUUGGCGUAACGUCGUCCUGACAACUCAUCGCGCCUGCUCUGUCACGGCUAUUAAGCUUAAAAUAGCCGUACCCUAGUUCAUAUUCACUCACCAGGCUUUACUGCCCUGUUUGUCCGUUUUGAAGACAUACUUAGUUGUGCCUCAUGCAUCCGUGAGAUUUUCAAGAUUGACGGCUUAGUAAUUCGUCAAGUAGACGCGACAACAGUGAAUGAGCCCGGCGCAAUCGCAAUUUCAGAGCCUGCCUGUAUUGUGUCGUCCCGUUUCGGUGUGUUGAGUGGAGAUUUUGGACUGUCGAACAGGUCCGUUUGGGAAUUGAACUUACUCGUGUUGGCACUGAAGUCGUUCCGAGCCGAACUGGGUUCCUCAACCGUAACCUAUUCGUCCGCCUCUUCCAGGAAAUUGAACAGUGUCAUACUGUGACCUUUCUGAAACAGGUCUUGCUUUUUUAUAUAAUAUAGAGAAUUAGGUGGUCCGGAAGUUUGCGAAUAUUAUAACUUGUUGCAUCCGAUUUCUGUUUCCAAAGCAGAAGACCAGGCAAGCGAGUCGACUCCGGAAAACUCGAAAGCAGAGGAGGUCGUAUCUGAAGAAUUUUCUGUUACAACGAGGAAAGAGACGGGUGACUCUGAUCCCUACGUUGUACACAUCGAAGAACCGGAGGAAGAUUUGGACUAUGAUCUCAAGAGCGAGUGUGUGAUAUCAAAGGAAGCCGAAACAUGUACCGAGCAAGGGAAAGUCGGAAAAGAUAUCCUCACAAAGGACAGGUUCGUCCUCUUCACUGUGCCGAAUGAGCGCGUCUGCUUCCUAAAACGCAACUGAUGAGCGUUCUUUCUCUUUUAGCGAUAAUGCAGUACAGCAGGUGAAGGGUAGGGUGGUAUCUUGAUUGUCACAGUGUUGCAGACCUGUCGAAUUUACGCGUCAGCAACCUAGCGAAGUCUACCAAAGCCGCGGAUUUGAAGCAACACUUUAGCGCGCAUGGCAAGGUUAGCCACCUAUAGUCGUCACAAAUCAAAGUACAGGUUCUGUCUGCCAAAAUCUUGGCCAGCACACGUUCACGAGGUUGUUUUGGAUUUCUAAAAAUGGCCUCAGGUGAGGAUGCAGCAAGCUGUAUACUAAAUCUUGACGGCACUGAAUUCAACGGGACAGUGAUCAAGGUGGAAGUUACGGACAAGGAGCCGCUUUCUUCAAAAACCGUUUCAAAAUCAGCAAGUAAUUCAAAUUCCGCUAAGGAUGUUAGAAAACAUGUGGUGAGGCGGCGCUUUCGUGGAGGUAUGUUCUUGGGUAUUUGACCGGUUCAACUCGUCAAACAUAGCGCCUUACUUAUCGAUGUUAUCUCGAAGACCUGGAGCGCCACUGGACUCAACAAGGCGUUACUAUCGACCUUAUGUGACAGCACAUCCCACGCGGACUGUUAACCGAGUCUCGCGAUACUUGUCAAGAUCAGUGGCGUCUACAACUUCCCGAGGUCUGGAGUACCUACGACGUCCCGUUCAAUCACCCAGGCCACGAACUCCAACAGUGAGUCAUCCAGUGUAUUAUUAAGAAUCAGUUAACUUAUCUGAGUUUUGCACACACCGGAAGCUGUUUCGUUAGGUGUUGUCUUAUGCAAUUUGGUCGCUACUGCAUGGGCCUUGUCUUCACAGAGGCAACUCCAUCAGCAUACCCCGAUAACCAGCAGUUUUGGGAUAUGGCAAAACGCCUUCUGCUGUUACUUUUUAAGUCAGUUGCUAUAAACCGAGUCCACCCGCAAAUAUCCGGAGUUCUCGACUCCUGCCUAGCAGCUUAGAUCGCUGCUGAUUGUUCUUGAUUUUUCCCCAGAAGAAAACAAUAAUUUCGCCUGGUACACUUCGCCAUCAACUGCAUCUGUACCGGAUUAACCGCACUUUGGAUAUGGAAGCUGUCAACCAUGGAGAGAGCUUGACAAUAAUAACUCGGGAUUCGUCUGUGGCUAGAUCUGGGACUCGAUUCAUGGUAUCUGGAUUUCGCGAUUUCAUUCCUUCAAUCUUUUUGAUGGGGCUUGUGGGUUUAAUUGUUUCUGCCAAUUUCCGCUAUAAACUAUCGGAAUGGAUAAUAGCGUUAAUGGUGCUUUGGUUUUAGGCUUGUUAACUAUUACGCACAUAUAACUGACCUUCGCUAUUUUAGGUCGCGCUAACUUCUAAAGAACCUAAUGACUCUUCCUGAUUGUUCGAAAUAUCUCUUCCAGACACCGUCCAGACACCUUUGCCCAGAAGGUUAUCCGGUACGACAUUCACCAAGUGAAUCCCGGCCGUCUCCGAAGGUCAGAAUGGAUUAUUCUGUUCCGAGGUACUCUAGCACUAGUCGCCAACUUUCUCCACAUAGAGCGCGAGAAAGAACCCCCACAAGACUUAUGCAAAAAUGGCCUGCAAACAGUACUAGCAGCGGCCAUUUCCGGAAUUACUCCCCCGGCGCUAGGCCGUCGGAAGAUUCAAGGCGCACAGAAGUUAGCACAAGACACGGGAGCAAUUACUUUCGGCGUUCGUCACCAGUCUUCACAAAACUGACCUCCCGCUCUUCUCCGUCUCGGAUUUCUCCACGUCAAGAACCUACUGGUCAUACUUCGCAGUUUCGACACCCAGCCUCUUCCUCAUACCACUCCUCCAGAAUGCACCCGGAAAAUUAUGUCUGUACAGAUCGUCGAGGCCGGUCCUCUGAGAGAGAUUCAACCGCCUCCCAAUUGCGCUACGAAUCUACGACCCGAAACAGUCAUCCUGGCUAUACCAAUUAUAAGACCGAACGACCACCGUAUGACGCUUACGCAUACCCUAACGUCUCCCAGUCCAACGACAUGCGCCGUUCGGGAGAGCGUCGUGGUUGGUAUGUCUAAUUCUUUCAACUUGCAAACUUUUUUAAUUGCGCAUAUGCAAAUAUUUGUAUUCCCGUUUCGGAGGAUAUUUGGAAGAUACGUUCAGGGCUAUAAUAGCCGACCAGUUUCUAGUAAGUUGUUUUUAAUUAAAACGGAUUUCCUUCACUCUUCGCAAAGAGAAUGUCUUACGAAAAAAUAUGUAACGAUUCGGCUUGAUUUGGGUUCCUUUUCGCAUGUUAUUGAUAACUAUCUUGUCCGACGCUAACAGCAGUUGAGGAAGAUGGUGCGCUUACAUCGCAGGGUUGCGGCGUAGUGGAGGUUCGGCUAUUUCUCUUUGAUUUUGUUAGUUAUUUUUAAGUGGUGGGCAACGCGCAGGCGCCUUCUCCGACAAUUAUUUUAAACUACAAAUACCUUAUAGGAAGGAAGAUAUGAUAAAUCGAAGUUAUAUUUAUCAAAGCACGGACGCUCGUUAAAUCUUGACACUCGGGACUGGUUUUGUUACAUCGAAAUUGAGGCCUACCUACGUGGCCACGUCUAAUCGUACUCAAAACCCCCCUUUAACAGGCUGUUAUGGAUACCGCGUAACAUGUAAAUAAAUGAGACUAUAGUUGAAGCCUACAAACAUCGCUGCCUGCCCUAUACAUCGGAGGAUACCCUAUUUUACGGAGCUUUACGUUCGCCAGUCUCCUUCGGUUAGUUCGAGACUGUUUUACGGCCACACGGACGGUAACAUGUCAACCCGCUGACCUCAUUAAGGAUCGCGUACUAAAUCGCCGAUUAGAAUCGCGCGAUGAACGGUUAAUACCCUUAUUAACCACAUUAGAGCUGUCCUUGUUUGUGUUUCUACCACGUAACCAUGUAAGGUGUCGCUGUCAGUCAUAGUAGGUCUGUAGGCGAGUUGGUAUCACAUAAAAUUCACAGUCCUCAAAUAAGCCCAAAAGCCGCUUGCAGGCUCACAUUAGCGACGUAAGUGGGACCUAGGCUUCUUUGUAACGUUCAGCGACCCAUUGUUUUUCCUCGUGUAGGCGGAUCUCCAGCCAGGGCAAUAUCGGUAGCAGCCGUCAGAGUUACGCCGACCGUUCGCGUUCUCGGUCACCAGUCUCCCCAGUCCGUCGUCACUCACAGAGCCGACGUGAUCCAAGCCCGCCUUCAUGGCACCGCGGGAUAAACUCAAGCUCUGAUUAUAUAUCCUCGACGGCAGCAUCUGAUCGGGCUUCCUACAGUUCAGAGAUCUAUGGACAUAAAAACAACGGAAGCGGUUUGGAUCAGGACUACAAUCGGACGAGAAGUCCACUGCAAUCUCAGCGAAGCACUUCAAGGUCCUUCUCCAGGGUGAUUGAUUAUGGACAUCGCUCAGGUAUGCUGUUCUUACAAACCUGCCUGCACUGUAACCCCGCCCUAACCUUAAUGAUCACCACACAAGACUGCAUAUUUUCGCUCCUAGAGAUUUUCCGCAAAACUGACGCCUUGCAAAAGUAGUUGACAAGUGCAUUUCUCGAGGACGCACUUGCGAGGUUUUAAAAGGCAGCGUAGCAAAUCUGGUGCUGCGCACUCCACGUCGUCGAGUAGGCAAUGUACUGGUCGUCUAGACGAAGGCGAUCACUAAGAAUUAGUUUACCAAAAGAUAUCAACCCAGCCAGCUAUUGUUCGACUCAAGCAUUCUAGAACGUGAGUUGGAAGGUAACCGGUCUGAUUCCCAUUUCAGUGACAUUAGCGGUUAUCCAUUCGCAGUCACAAUUUUAACUCAAUUUUAGUAGUCAUCCAUAUAAACUUGGAACCACUUUUGGCGAUUUUACCGAUUUGCAUUAGUAUUUCGUCCGCUCUCAUACACCACCGAUCUGAACUACGUGACUCCGAGUAGCACAUUUCCCCGUAAACUUGAAAAAACGAGACGGCUUAUUUGGGCUUGAAAAAAAUGUCAAAACUCAACGGCAGCGGUCUUCGCCAACACCUCAUCAAUUAGCGACGGAUCAAGACGGCUGGCACCAACGACAUUGCUGACCUAUCGAGCUUCAUGGAAGGCGUUUUUGACUUUCAUGUGCACUACACCAAAUAUUGUAGGGAAGCAAGUAUGCAGUUUCAAGUUCUCCAUCUAGUAGCUAAAAGUAGACUAGGUGAUCCGUAACUGGGGCCUGAGGUUGAGGUUGAUAACCGGCGCAUUUCCCCCACCAAAAGCACUCUGACGCGCUUGAAGCUCUCAUGGUGCGCCAUAAGCUAUAACUUGGAAGAUUGUCAACUAACGGGAUAACUUGAACCCCGCAGUCAGCCCAAUGUGUGCUUAUGUGCGUUGGCGGACUGGUGGUCAGAGUCAGGCUGCAAUAGCUCCUUAAUGUCGCCUCUAUGAGAUCCCCACAUGAUGGUAUCCAAGCCGGGUAUGGCGGCACGUCUAGUGGCAGCUUCGACCGAACCAGCCGUUAUUUUUUUGGUUAAAAUCCUGGCCAAGUGUUUGUUGUAGACCAGGCGGUGUGGUUGUACGGCCGGUCGUGCCAGCCACCUGCCCCCUCCCGCUUCCAGCCUUCUUGAAUGUCUUGGCACCGAGCCCAUGUGGGAAGGAGAGUGCAGUAGAUGCUGCGCAAGCCCAUCAUUAUAAAAGAAAUCAUUCACAAGUCACCGUGCCUGCUCUCACUCUGCUGUGGAGCGCACGAUGGACAUCAUCGGUCACAGUCGAAAUGUCAGGAAACCAAUGGUAAAAGUCAGCGGACAGAAUCACUGGGCGUGCAUUCUGGUUCACAGCUGGCCUCGACUAUAGGGUCAUGUUUCCAACGCAGAAAUUAUUACCUGCACCCCUCUUAAGAUGACAAGACACGCAUGUCGUUUUCUCCUUAUGUCUUAACUCUGUUCCUCAGCCAAGAUUUGCUCCUCAACUUCGCACUUUUCCAACUUUCAGAUACGUCAUCAGCGCAAUGGCAACCGCAAUCAAGUGGGAAUUAUUACAACACCGACAGUAGAACUGGUGGCAGCCAGUGGCGGUCCAGCUAUUACCCUCGCCCGCAUUACUAG